UUGAAAUAUGUCGCGCUAGACGUAAACUACACAUUGAAAAACAAAAUAAUAACAAUAAGCCGAUGAACGGCUCUUAAAAUCGUUUCAGGCUAAUGUUAAAGAGUGGGAAGCCAAAAUGGAUACUAGUGGGAGUAUUUGUGGUAAACGAAGCUUUUCAGAACUUCAGUCUACUGGACAUAGAAGACUUCUUGAAGAAGAUGAAUUGCCUGUUAAAAAAAAACUCAAGACAAGAUUGGUUGAUCUGUUUAACAGAGCAUCAAUAUGUAUGGCAUCAGGUGCUGAAGAUCACAUGAAGGUUUACUUGCGCAUCAAACCAUUGUGUAAAAAUGAAGAUGGUAAUCAGCAAUGCUUUGAGGUGGUAGAAACUGAGAAUACAAUUGUUGCAACAGCACCAGAAAUAAGUCAUACUUACAAGAGCAUGAAAAGAGGAGUUGGAAAAUCAUCACAUAAAUUUACGUUUUCAAGAAUAUUUAAUGAAGCCACCACCCAGGGUGCUUUUUUUAAUGAAACUAUGCUUGACAUGACAAAGGAUUUUAUUAGUGGACAGAACUCUCUUGUCUUUACUUAUGGGGUUACAUCCUCUGGUAAAACAUACACUAUUCAAGGUAAACCUCAAGAUGCUGGCAUUCUUCCCAGGUGUUUGGAUGUCAUAUUUAAUUCUAUAAAUGGAAAACAGAUUCCUAGCUUGACAUUGAAACCACAGAUGUUUACAGAUGUUGUACGUUUAUCAGCUGAAGAGGUUUUGGUUGAAAAAAGAAUAAAAGAAAAAACAAUGAGAAUGAGUGUUGAUGAUGAUACAACAGUAAUGACAUUGCUUGGAGAUGAAAUGGAAUCUGUCUUAUCAGAUAAUGCCACAGCAAGUACAAGUGGUUGUGCAGAGGAUUUAUUAAAUGAAGUUAAAGAUAGAGCACGUGAGGAACUUAAAGUUGAUGUAGAAGACCAAGGAAAGAUAAGGUUUGGUGUCUGGGUAAGCUUUGCUGAAAUCUACAAUGAACAAAUCUUUGAUCUCCUAGAGCCUAUGCCUAUUAAAAAAAAUGCAAGACGCCCAGUGUUGAAGAUAUGUGAUGAUAGGAAUGGAAAUCCUUAUGUAAAAGGCUUGAAAGAAAUACAUGUAGAAACAGCUGAUGAAGCUUAUAAGCUGUUAACUAUAGGUCAGCGAAAUUUACAGACAGCUUGCACACGUUUGAACCACUGUUCCUCUCGCAGCCAUUGCAUAUUUAACAUUAAGAUAGUCAGAGUUGCAGACAAAGAUGACCCUCACAUUGCACGAGUAAGCAUGCUUUCGUUAUGUGACCUUGCUGGAUCAGAAAGAUACUCCAAAACACAAGCAACUGGUGAUCGCCUGAAAGAAGCAGGUAACAUCAAUUCUUCUCUGAUGACACUUGGAAGAUGCAUUGAAACGUUGCGACAUAACCAGCUUCACAAAGAUCAGCAAAGAUUAGUCCCAUUUCGUGACAGUAAACUGACUCGUCUUUUACAAAACUUUUUUAAUGGCAGUGGGCGAGCAGCCAUGAUAGUUAAUGUCAGUCAAUGUGCUACAAUGUUUGAUGACACACUUCAUGUUUUCAAGUUUUCUGCCAUAGCUAAACAAGUAAAAUAUAUAGAAAAACCUCCAGAAAAACCCAAAAAGACUUUGCCCCCAAGGGAAUCAAUUCAAUGGGAGACACAAGAAGCUGCCUUAAGAGCUGCACAAAAUGAUCCUCUUCCAGAGGAUGAUGAUGAGGAAGAUGAAUUGAAUGAUGAGGAAGAGGAGAGCUCUGAAAAUUUCAAGAACAUGAAAGAAAUUAGAGGUUAUAUUAAAAACCUUGAGAGGAGAAAUGAAAAACUUGUGGAAAUGUUGGAAGAAGAGAUGAAUGCUGCUAGCAGUAUUGAGAAUAGAGUUAGAAAGGAAGUUACGCAAGCUAUGAUGAAGCAAGUAGUGAAUAUUGAAGAAACAUACAGCGCUAUGCUAAAAGAGACAAGGGAAGAAGGCCAGGAAUUGGCAGAUGAACGGGUUAAAGGAAUAAUGGAAGUCUAUGAACAACGCCUUCAAAGAAUUCAAAAGAAAGUUGAUGAGGAUGAUGAAUGGGUUUCCAGCUUAUUAUAUCACCAAGAACAAGUUAAAGUUCAGGAAAGAGAUCUCCAGAUUGCUGAGCUUAAAAAUUUGGUUGCACAGCUUAAAUCUCAAGUAGAAUCCAAAAAAUCGAGUGCAGAUGAUUCAGUGGAUAUUGGAAACUCUGCUGUUAUUGAAACACUUACUCAAAAAUUACAGUCAGUUUCAAAUCUUUCUAAAGAAAAGGAUGCAAAGAUAGACGAGUUGGAAUCCCUUUUAACUGAAGCUGGGGAAGUUUACAAUAAGCAUAUGGUUGACAUAAAAGAACUGAAAGAGACAAUAAGUCAACAGAAUAAAAAGUUAGAAAACCAAUUAACCUCUGUAGCGGAACUUAAUAAAAAGCUGGCUGACAUAACAGAACAAAAAGAUUCUGAAAUGAAAGCUUUGGAAGAAGACACCACAAAGAAACUAAAAUGUAAAGACAAAACUAUAUCGGCACUUGAAGAAGAGUGCAAGGAACUUCAUGAUGAAAUUGAAAGACUUCAAGAUCAAAUGAGUCAGUUAGAUGAGCAGAGUAGAUACAGAAAUGAAUUUGAAACUUCAUCAGUACCAGAAAAACUGAAUAACUCAUCAAAAAGUGUUGAUAAAAUGGUUACUAGCAUCAAUAAGGCAUUAGACGCUACUUAUGUAGAAACAGAUUCAAAAAACACAUCAAUGGAAGUCUCUCCCGCAUUUAAUCACAGCAUAGGAAAGGAGUCUCUAGAUUUAGCCAAGGGUGAAGACAGUAUGAUUAUAUCUUUGCAAAUACAAAAUGAACAGCUGCAAGCAGACAUCUCUGAAUUAAAAGUUAAGUUAAAUCAGUCCUUGGUUGAAAUUGCAGAAGCAAAUGAAAUGAUUAAGAAUUUCAAAAAUGACAAUGAAGAAAUAAAUGAAAAGUAUAAAAUUUCUGAAAUGUCCGUGAAAUCACUGCAAGAGGAAAAUAAAGCUUUAUCAGAAAAAGUGAACUCUUUACAUCAGGCUAAUGAGGAAUUACUUGUAAAAGUUAAACAACCAACAAAUUCCUUUUCUGUGAGUAUUACUGAAAUGGUGAGGAAAAUAGAGAACAAUCUAUCUGCCAGUGAGCACCACGCUGGGGCAGAAGAAGAACCCGAAGAUUUGAACAUUAAAAAUAGUAAUGCCAACACAGAAGACCCGAGUGAUGAUAAAAUUGAAGAUGAAAAAUUUCAAGCAACCCAAAAUUUAGUUUUGAAACUAAAAGAUGCUGAAUUAGCAAAUGCAGCACUUCGUAGUAAGCUAAAACGAGAAGAAAAUGAUUAUUUGAAGAGAGAAGAAGCUCUUAUUCAUGGCUAUUCAGCUGAAAUAGACAAUUUGAAAUAUGAGCUUGCUAAAUUCAAAUCCAAGGUGGAUGUACCCUUAAGAACAAGAGCUCAACGUGGGAAAAAAAGAGCCCUGAUGGAUGUGAGUACUUGUUCAGUUACAUCUGAAUCUAUCAAUGAGGGACCAGAUAUUCCUCAUGAGCAAGAUGAAAGCAAGGAUAAGGAAAGUCUUGUUGUUUUAACAAAUGAGAUUGUUGAGCUUCAGACUCAGCUUUAUUCUCUGCAUGCAGCUUAUAGAAAACAGUGCAAGAAUGGCAAUGAGACCAAUUCAUUUAUACAGGAUGUUGUACUUGGUACACCAAGAACACGCGUGUCUGCCUUAGGUGGUUUUCGUUCAGAAGACAAUGUAACAGAUAGUGUUCUACAAUUCGAAAUUGAAGAAUAUGCAAUUAAAAUGGAUGAGCUGAGGACCAAAAUUUAUCAGUAUGAUACUGAAGUCAGAAGUUUAAAAUUAGCUCUUGAGAAAGAGAGAGCUGCCUCCAUGAAUCUAGAAAAAAUGCUGAAAUUGUCUGAGAAUAAACAAAAGGAUGACACAUCAGUUGUGAUUUGUGAAAAAGAAACUAAUUCAGAAAGUGCUAUGGAGGAAAGAGAUUCAAAAAUUGCUGAACAAUAUGAGGUUAUUAAGCAGCUUCAAGUUUCUCUUGAGGAAAAUACCACAUCCAAAAAAGAAACAGAGCAAGAAUUAAUACAACUAAUUGAAAAGCAAAAGUUACAAGAGGAAAAUUUACUUAGUCUGGAAAAGGACAAGAGUGACCUUCAUAAAAAGAUUGCAGAACUGGUCACUGAACAAGAUAGUUUGCAGCAAUCAUAUGAAAAAAACAUGGAAAUGCAAAAACAGAAUCAUGAAUCACAAAUCAAAGUACUUAAUGAUAAUCUGGUACAAAUUACAAACCAUCGUGAUGAAUUGGUUGUGCAGAUGAAUGAAACUAAAACUGAGUUGAAGACACUAAAAGAUGAAUUGAGUAUUAGUCAUUCAACAGGAAAUGAUGUUGAAAAGUUAAAAAAUGAAAUUUCAGAACUGCUAAAGACUGAUCAAGUGCUCAAAGAUAAGUUGUCAGAAAUGUCAGUUUAUAAAGAGCAAUUUUCCAAUAUGGAACAAGCUUACAAGGAAACCAAAGAAAAAUUGCAAGUGCUAGAAGAACUAAAAGUUAAGCUUGAAACAGAGUUAGCUGGCCUUAAAGUAACUCUGUCUACUAAAGAAGACAACCUGAAAAAUGUAUAUGAAGAAUACAACAAAAAACUUGAGUCUCUUCAGGCAGAGUUCACCAGCGAGGAAGAUGUUAAAACAGAAACCAUUGCAGUGUUAAAAAAGCAGUUGGAAGAUGUAAAACAGGAGUUGGAUCUUAAAAAAAAAGAGUAUGAGAAGCUUGAGUGUCAAAGACAAGAAGAUGGUGCUGAAGUUUCACAAAAACUGUUGGUUUUGGAGCGGGAAAAGAAAGCUGCUGAAAGAAGGGCAAUUGAGGCUAAAGAGAGAGAAGAAGAGUGGCAAAUGAAAUGUCAAGGGCUGGAAAAAAUUAAACAGCUAGAACAAAAGUUGCAUGAGCAACUUAGGACUACAGUAAACACCUUGAGAAAACAGUCUGAGCAAAUGAAUGAGCAAAAAGAAGAAUUAUCUGCAAAACAAGAGGAGCUGAAUCAACUUAAUGAGAAGCUUGAUUUUCUAAAAUCAUGUGAAGUUUCAAUGCAAAAAAGAGUAGAUGAUCUGCAACAAGAAAUAAAUGCAGAAAAGGAAGAAAAGAAACGUUUAGAAAAAGAUUUUCUGGAACAAACUGCUCAACUUGAUCUUAUAAAAAGUAGUUUUAAGGAAGCGGAAGAAAUGAUGGAUCAGCAGGAAAAGAUAAUUAACAGACAAGAUGAUGAUCUUCUUCAUAUGAAAAAUGAAAUGAGAAUGGUUGUAAAACAGAAAGAAGAAUUAGAUGCAAUUGUGAGCUCAAAUAAUCUUGAAAUUUGUAAUUUAAAUAAUCAGAUAUCAAAACUUAAAGAAGAAGUUAGUAGACUUCAGAUACUUGAAAACAGAGCCAAAGAAGUGGAGCAGAGAGAAAAAAUUACUGAGGAUCAAAUGCAAAAAACUAGUUGUGAGAAACGAUCAUUAGAAGACAAGCUGGAAAAGUUGGAGAAAGAAAAACUCUCCUACGAAGAAACAAUAGAAAAUAACCUAAAGAUGAGCAAGGCUUUAAAAAAAGACUUAGGUGAAUGUGAAGAAAAAUUACAUGAUGCUGAAAAACAGAAACGAACUUUAGAGAAAAAUCUUUUAAAAAUGACAGACGAACAAAAGUCUCUAAAAGAAACAAUUGACUUAGUCCACAAAGAAAAAAGUUUAUUAAAGGAACAGAUUCAUCACUUUGAGACACAAGUAAAAAAUUUGACAGAUUCCAAGAUAGAAAAUGAAAAUCUCCAUAAAAACAACCAAAAUAAGAUUUCUGAACAGUUGGAGCUUCAUAAUAAACAACUUCAACAGGAGAUUGAAUCACUGAAACUAGAUAUUCAAAGCAAACAAAAACAGUUUGAUGCCCUUCAGGAAUCUUUAAAUGAAACUGUAGAGAAUACAAAGACUGUUGAAAAGGAACUACAGAAACAAGAAAGAAUUAAUAAAAGAAACAGAGAAGAAAUGGAGAACUGGAAGAAAGAAAAAGAUACUUGUGUGAGACAGCUAGAGAACCUGAUCAGCAAAAGACAUGAAGAAAAUAGUUUUCUUGCUCAUGAGAUUGAACAGUUGAAAAAAGACAAUUCUGAUUUAGCCAAAAAUAUGAAUACAGCUAUAAGCAUGAAGGAUUCAUUGAUAGCAGAUUUGAAAAAAGCGAACAAUACUCUUUCAAUACAGUUGGCACAUUCACAGGGUACCUGUCCUCCUCCUAAAAUGACAUCCCCAGACAAUUCUUAUUUUAAAAAUAAUGAACUCAUCGAGGAUUUAGACACAACUGGUCAUUUGGAGAUUGAUGCAACACCACCAAUAGCUGCUAAGAAAGGUCGUAAGAAACAGUUGUUGAGUGAGGUAUUCCUCACACCUGUGUUCAAGUCACUUAAAACAAUAGAGGAGCAAAAUGAGAGUUCUCCAAGCAAAUCAAGUUCCAGUAGGAGCAGUCAACAUUCAUCAUCAGAACAAACAGCAGAGGCUUCCAGUUUAACACCAAUUACCAGAUCUGCAAAAAGACAAAAAGAAAACAAAAAGAAAAAAAUGCAAGAGCCAUUUAAUUUGGCAUCUUAUGUUGCUGCGGAUGAAUCACAAAAUGAAAAUGUUAAUCCAUACAGCACCAGGAGGUCCUCAAGACUUAAAACAAAAAAAUAAAAAUAGUAAGCUGUGAAAAGUUGUAUAUAAAAUACCCUCUUGUUUCCUUUGCCAUUUAAUUGUUGUACAUAAUUUAAGAUGACCUUGUACCUUACAUGCUUUUUAACAUGUAGUUUUUUACUUACUUGUAUUAAUAGGUAAAUAUUUUACUGUAUAUAAUGGAUAGACUUUAGUUUAUUUGAUAUUACAUUAUUUGAAAAGAUGCUGUUAAAAUCUUUGCUUUUCAUCAAUCUAUAAUCUUAUUUAAGUUUAUAACAUGACAACCAUUAUUCUCUUGUAAAAUAUACUUCUUACAUGUACAUUAGGUACAAUUUGUAUCUAUUGAAAAAAAUGUGUGAAAAAGGUGAUUGCUCAUUUCUUUAUAUGUAUUGUAUCAAAUAUUUUUAUGAACAUUUUUAUGAAGUUUCAAUAUACAAUAUUUUAAAAUGAAAGCUACCCUUGCUUCCUGACAAAUAAAAAACACACCAUUGCCUACAUUUAAAAAAAUGUCUUCACUGCACCAUGAUUCAUUGUAUUUGUCUAAAUUGUGUUCUUUUGUUGAACAUUUUUAUAGAUGAGGAUAAUAUGCAAUAAUUUAAAAUAAAAGUUAUUGCCACAAUAAAAUUGAUUCAUAUUGAAACUUG